AGUAGUUUAUGGGUGAAAAAACAAAUGAUCUGAUCCAUUAAUUUUUUGUUUGAAAAGAUUUACCCCAUUGAUUUAAAAUGUAUUUCUCAUACAUUUUGGAACAAAUUCAAAAACAAUUCUCCCAUUAUUAUAUAGAUUUAUCCAAUGAUUUAAAAUACCUGUUGUGCGACAUCAAAAUUAUAAAGGUGUCUUGUGGUAGUGGUUACUCUCUCUCUCUCUCUCUCUCUCUCUCCCCCCUUCAAUAUGGAAGUGACAGUGAGCUCAAUUGUUGGCUCCGUAGCUUUGGUAAGUUUGCUAACAUGCGCAUGGAGGGUGGUGAAGUGGGUGUGGUGGAGGCCAAAGCAGAUAGAGAAGAGGUUGAGAGAGCAAGGAUUCAAGGGAAAUCCGUACAAGUUGUUGUACGGAGACAUGAAAGAGAUGAUAUCGGUGAUGAAAGAAGCAAGAUCCAAACCCAUGGACGCGUCCUCAGACGAUAUUGUCCCGCACGUCAUACCAUCUUACCAUCACUGUCUCAACCUUCAUGGUAAAGAUUACUUUCAAUGGAUGGGCACAACACCAAGAGUAACCAUUGCAAAUCCUAAACAUAUAAAGGAGAUCUUGUUUAACCAUGAAGUCUUUCAAAAACCAAAGCAAAACCUAGUUUUAAGAUACCUAGUCAGAGGGCUAGGGACAUAUGAGGGUGAGAAAUGGGCUAAACACAGAAACCUUAUCAACCCAGCCUUUCAUCUAGAAAAGUUGAAGCAUAUGGUACCAGCAAUGUGCUCAAGUUGUAAUGAGAUGAUAAGCAACUGGGAAGUGUUAGUCUCAUCAACAAAGGGGUCAUGUGAGGUUGAUGUAUGGCCUUAUCUCGAUAAUCUCACAGCUGACGUGAUUUCUCGAACAGCAUUUGGUAGUAACUAUGAAGAAGGAAAAAGGAUAUUCCAACUCCAGAAAAAACAAACUGACCUUAUAAUCAAACUCCUGCGGUCAUUUUAUAUUCCGGGAUGGAGGUUUCUACCAACAAAGACAAACAGGCAGAUAAAAACAAACUGUGAAGAAGUCAGAGCUCUAAUAAGGAAUAUCAUCAUCAAUAAAAGAGAGCAAACUAUUGAAGGAGGAGAUGGAGAUAAUGACUUAUUGGGAAUACUAUGGGAAACAAAUUUGAAAGCAAGUCAAGAACAAGGAAACAAGAAGAACAUCACAUUGACAACAGACGAGGUGAUCGAGGAGUGCAAGCUAUUCUACUUUGCUGGGCAAGAGACCACCUCUGCUUUGCUUGUGUGGACAAUGGUCUUGUUGAGUAAGCAUCAAAAGUGGCAAGCGCUAGCUAGAGAAGAGGUUUUGGCAGUAUUUGGGGCCAAAAAACCAGAAUAUGAUGGGUUAAAUCAACUCAAAACUAUAACCAUGAUUCUCUACGAGGUUCUUAGGUUAUACCCCCCAGUAGCCUACAUUGUUCGGACCAUACUCAAGAAGGCAAGGGUAGGAGAACUUGUUCUACCCCCUGGUGUGGAACUUUUUGUGCCAAUGAUUGCACUCCAUCAUGACCGUGAAAUUUGGGGUGAAGAUGCAACAGAGUUUAAGCCAGACAGAUUUUCUGAAGGAAUUACAAAGGCAACGAAGGAGCCAGGCACAUUCUUUCCUUUCAGUGGGGGUCCCCGUAUAUGCAUUGGACAAAACUUCGCAAUGGUGGAAGCAAAAAUAGCCUUAGCAAUGAUUUUACAACACUUCUCAUUUCAGCUUUCUCCAUCAUAUGUGCACGCUCCUUUCCAUGUUUUCACACUCCAACCCCAACAUGGUGUUCACUUGGUCUUACAGAAAAUCUAAGAUCUAAAUCUCCACAAUGACAAUAUGUGAAAAUGUGAAAAGGUAUGUACUAUGUAUAAUAUUGUACUAGAAUAAAACUUAAUAUACUUCUAGGCACUUGGAAACUCAAUGCAAAGGUAUGUACUGUGUAACAUUUAUGUUGGCUUAUAGAACAAAGUCUAUAGUUAAAUGUUUUGGUAUUGUCAAAAUCGUGGCAAUCAUGAUCGAAUGAGACUUCAUUUCAUACCAAA